AUGGCGAAGGCAGUGUGUACUCUUUAUGGCAGUGAUGCAAAGAUAUAUGGAUCGCUUGUAAUUACACAGGCACAUGAGGAUGCCAAGAGUGUCAUCACGGGUGAGCUAAAGGGACUUCCAGCUGGUAAACACGCGCUACACGUGAACGUGUUUGGCGACGUGUCACACCCGGGUGGUGUAUUUAACCCAUUUGGAAAAAACCAUGGAGCACCCGAGGACGAAGAGCGUCGUGUGGGAUCAUUAGGAAAUGUGGAUGUGGCAGAAGAUGGAAGCGUUAAGGUUCACAUUGAGGAUAAACUUGUAAAACUCAUUGGACCACACUCAAUCAUUGGCCGUAGCCUUGUGAUCCAUGAAGGUGAAGAUGAUUUGGGCAAAGGUGGUCAUGAUCUUUCGUUGCAGAAUGGAAAUUCUGGUCUUAUUAAGGCUUUUGGAGUUGUUGGUAUCUCUAGUUAG